AUGUCGGAUGCGGUACACGCCGCCCCGGGGGCGAUCGGCUGGGCCGGCGGGCCGAUUUUUCUGGGCGCCAGCUACAAACCCGUGGUCAAGGCCCCGCGGAUCGGCCUGGAGCCCCCUGGCAGCCUGCCCGCCUCCAUCUGGUCCACCCAGUCCACCUCAUGGCUCACGCCCCCCUCCAAGCUCAACCUCGCCGACCUCCAGCACGACGUCAUCCGCCAGAAGGUGGCGUCAUCCGCCCUGCCCGGCCUGGAGAUAUCCCUGCGGGGGUCGUUGCCCUGGGCGUCCGCUCCGGGGACGUCGGCCCCAGAACUGUCGGUGUCGUUGCCGGAAGCGCCGAUGUCGGUGCGAGACGUGUCAGCGCCGAUGCCGGCGGGGGCGCUGCCAGCGAUUGGUUGCGCGUGGAUGGGGCGCGGGGCCCGCGGGCGGGGCGACGACCAGAGCCGACCUCUGGGGGCGCUGAUCGCGGGGGCGGAGUCGGUCGCCGACGGACGGCGAAGUAGCGGCGAAGGUGCAACAGACCUGAUGCAGGCAAUGCCGAAAGUGCGCACGUUGAGAAGCGGGAUCGUUGAAGUCCGCCUGAAUCUGCUCGUCGCCGGCUUCAUUAUAGGGUACCGCGGCAAUUCCAUCGAGGAGAUCGUGAAGAAGACGGGGGCGGAAAUAUCCUCAUGGACGGGGCGCCGAUCGGCGAGCUGCAAGUCGGGAAAGAUCCGAGUCUUCCUCAUCCAUGGAUCUCCAGAGGCUGUCGCGUGGACCCUGCGAAUCAUGAACGCCGCCGCCAUUCGAUACAUGGACCUCGUUGAAGGAAGCUACGCAGGUCGGCACGUGGAGGCCAGCCAGUGGGUGGAGGGUGUGGAAUUUCGCUACAUACCGCCCCCCAAGCACAAGGAGCCCUUUGCCGCCAGCUUGAAGCGCACCAACUAUAGAUGA